AUGCACCGGAAAUGGAGCGCUAGCGAUGCGGCGCUACACUGCACCGCUACAACACGCUUCGCGGGCCAAGGACAAAAGCCAUUCUCGAAGGUGCCUACCUUGCCAAUCCCCAAGCCAGAUAAGACGGCCCGUCUUGACAUUGUCAGCCAAGUUUCUCUCAACGAGAAGGAGGUUCAGAUAUGGUUCCAAAAUCGCAGACAAAACGAUCGCCGGAAAUCACGCCCCCUCUUUCCCCAGGAGAUAGCCGUCUUGCGCCUAGGUGGCUUGCAUGCCUUCUCGUCUGACUCCCCGCCAUCGCUUAUUCGCAGCUCCAUAUCCUACCCUAAUGGUGCUCUCUCCUCAUCCCCACCACACCUAGCUCGCAAUGAACCCUCGACGACGCCGCUUUCCUCUCCUGAACUUGGACCGUGGGAACCAGAGGCACUGGCCCGGAAGCAGGCCGAAGAGCAGCAGCUACUGCAACGACAGGAACGCGAUCAUCCGUUCCAGAGCGCAAGAAACGGUGCACAGACGCCGUCUCUGUCGUUUUCAAGCUCCACAAGCUCAGUCGGAUAUCUGGCCAACCGUUGGAACGCACACAGUUCGUUCUCUACCCCGUCUUCUACCUUCCAUGUCAACGGCUUCGGCAGUAUCGGCCGUGACGGCUGCCAAGACGAUUUGGUCAAGACGGAUCCCUUUGCACCUCUGUCAUCCGCACCUGCUGUGCUCCCACCGCCGCACCAACAGCAUCAGCUGCGACGACCAUCCCAACGACCGUUCCGUAUCUCUCUCUCCCUUGACGGCAAGGCCGAAGUGAUUGCGGGCCUGUCUCCCUCGCCACCGCGGCGACUACCGCCACCUCAGCUCACCGCUGCAAUUCCUUUUGGUAGAAGGAGUGGCAGCAGGAGCAGCACUGGCAGUGACGGCCAUCUACCGUCUCUUCCAGCCAUUCAGCGAGCCGGGCUCAGCCGAAGCCAAUCCGCUAUCAGUCUGGGCAGCGGUCUCACUCUGCCUCCCAUCUCCAGCCUGACCGGCUCGCUAGAGAGCGGCUCUAUCCCUGCACCACCCUCGCAACCAGUGCACCCGCCUAGACUGAUGCGCGGUCGUUCACGCGAUGUGCACGCGUGGGUCUCGGUUUGCAAUGCUGAGAUCCGUAUCGACGACGAGCUGAGUGCCCAGGCACAGCAUGAGAUCAGUGGUUCGGCUAUCGCUGCCAUAAGCCUGCUGCGUUCGACGUCUGCGAACGCUGGUGCGGCUUCGGUCUCAUCCUCGGUGCUCCAGCCCAACUCCAGUAAGCGAAACACGACUGGACGGCCGACAGCGCCGAGACUCGGUGGCAAGCGUCCCAAACUGGUCCGAUCAUCCAGCAGUGUUGCCCGCUUGCAGAGCGUUCCGCCGUCGCAUGGUGCGAAAGUGGGCGAGGAAAACGACGAGGUUUGGGUCGACGACGAGAAGAAGAAGAAGCUGAAGCUGUCCACACUGCUUUCCGGAAACGAUUCUGACAAGGAAAACUGGAGUCCGGAUGAAGAUGGACGUCCUGUGUCGGUGCACUCGCAGCGGCCUAGUGGCACAGGCAACAGCGGGAGACGGCCUCUUCCAUCGGCGCGGACGGCACAGCAACAGCGAGCUAUCGCUGGUCGUGUGCUAAAUUACUGCAACAUCAACAAAAACAGAGACUUUCGGAACAGCUCGAACUUGCUCGCCAAGCGCCAAAAUGGUGGCAAGUCCGGUAGCGGGCUAUCCGGUGGGCUAGACAUCUUUGAGGAUUCGUCUUCUGAAGGUGGUGAUGCCCCAACAAAACGGGCGCCCUUGUCGCGGGCAGCCACCAUCCCGGGUACAGACGACGUGGAGAAAUUCAUGCGCAGUGGUGAGGCCAGCCCAAGCAAGAAGGGUGACCUGGACUGUGUUGCUGGCCUGCUGUCGCUGUCCCAAGGCAUCUGGCGGUGA